UGCGCUGCGCUUUCGCUAUAAAAGCACCUGUCCUGGCCAGACUUCACUCGCAUCUCUCACUUUCUCUCUCACACACACACUCACCCUCACACUCUCCUGAACUCCACGCACACUCUCUCUCUCUCUCCCGUGCAGAGCAGUAGGACCGGACCCACCAAGGCAAAGGAAUCAUGAGUUACUCCAGCGACAUUUACAGCAGCAGCUCCUAUAGGAAGAUCUUCGGAGAUGCCCCCCGGUCCGGCCGCAUGGGUCUGGGCAGCACCAGCCCGUCCCGCCUGCACCCUGCUGGAUACCGCAGUACCCACCGCACCUACGGUUCCCCCUCCACGAUGUCCUCCGCCAACUACCGCAGGUCAGCGGCGCCCGGCCGCGUCUUCUCCUCCAUGCCGGAAUCCAUGAUGGACCUGACCCAGUCCACUGCGGUCACCAACGAGCUCAAGAUCAUCCGCACCAACGAGAAGGAGCAGCUGCAGGGCCUCAAUGACCGCUUCGUGUCCUUCAUUGAGAAAGUGCACAACUUGGAGCAGCAGAAUAAAGUCCUGGAGGCGGAGGUCACGCUGCUGCGCCAGCGUCACAACGAGCCCUCCCGCCUGCACGAGCUGUACGAGCAGGAGAUCCGCGAGCUGCGGGCGCGUGUUGAAGAGCUGACGCACGAGAAGAGCCAGAUGCACCUGGACUGCGUGCAGAUGAACGACGCCAUGGAGCGCGUGAGGGAGAAGCUGGAGGAGGAGACCAAGUUGCGCGAGGAGGCGGAGAACACCCUGAAAGGCUACAGGAAGGACGUGGACGACGCCACCCUGGCGCGCCUGGAGUUGGAGAAGAAAGUUGAGUCGCUGCUGGAUGAGAUCGCCUUCCUCAGGAAAGUUCAUGAAGAGGAGCUGCAGGAGCUGCAGACCUCUCUGCAGGCCACGCAGGUGUCUGUUGAGAUGGACAUGAGCAAACCGGACCUGACUGCAGCUCUGAAGGACAUCCGGGCUCAGUAUGAGAACCUGUCAUCAAGGAACCAGAACCAGGUUGAGGACUGGUACCGCUCCAAGUUUGCAAGUGUGACCGAGGCUGCUGCCCGCAACCAGGAUACCAUCAAGCACUCCAAGGAAGAGCUGAGCGAGUACCGCAGGCAGGUACAGGCCCGCACCCUGGAAAUUGAGUCCCUCAGGGGCCACAAUGAGGCUCUGGAGAGGCAGAUUGCCGAGAUGGAGGACCGUCAUAACAAUGAAACUGGAGAUAUGCAGGAUACCAUCCAGCAGCUUGAGUCUGCUCUACGCAGCACCAAGGGAGAGAUGUCCCGUCACCUGCGUGAGUACCAGGACCUGCUGAACGUCAAGAUGGCUCUGGACAUUGAGAUUGCUGCCUACAGGAAGCUGCUGGAAGGUGAGGAGUGUCGCCUCAGCUCUGUGGGCGGAGCCAUGGUCCAGUCCGGCUACCCCGGCUUCUCCUACAUGUCGUCCCGCAGCUACACCCUGGGAGCAUACAGGAAGUCUGAAGCCAAGCCUGAGGAGGAGGAAGAGGAGGGAGAGGAGGGAGAUGAAGAGGAAGAGGAGGGAGAUGAGGGAGAGGAGGAGGGAGAUGAGGGAGAGGAGGGAGAGGAGGGAGAUGACCAGGAGGAGGGCGAGGGUGAGGGUGAGGAGGAGGAAGAGGAGGAGGAAGAAGAGAAGGUGAAGGAGAAGGAGAAGGAGAAGGAGAAGGAGAAGAAGAAGGAGACCCCCGCUGGCAAGAACAGCAAGAGCUAAACUGCUUGUAUUGACAUCUUCAUCAUCAUCUUCAUCACUAUCAGUAUCACCUUCCUCAACCCGUCAGUCACUUCUGUGGAUCUGAUCACAUCAUCUCUGUCACACACACACACUCACACACACACACACUCUGCACACUCCAGAUGCCUCACACCUUCUGUGUUGUUCUGUCUCUGUUUGCUCCGUAACUCAGACGUGAUUAACUGAAAGGAAAGAAAAGAGGGGAGUAGAUGUUUAUCCCACAGAGGAGUUUAGCUGUCUCUGCAGAAGGUAACUGAAGGUGAGGAUUGUGUCACAAAGUUUCCAUAGAUUUCUUUUCUCAUCUGAGCAACAGUGAAUGUGCCAUUAACGACCGAUAUUUACAUUAGAGCAAUCAAAACCUUGAAAGUAACAAUAUGAUCAGCACACAAACAUAAAGAGAAACGCACAGAUUUUGGAGCAUGAGUAACAGCCAGUCCAACUUUUACGGUGCUAUUUGAUUUUUACAUAUAAAAGUUGGGGAGUACUGCAAGUAGGAUAUUUUAUCAUAAACCAAAUCUCCACCAGCUCAUCCCUGAACGUGGGCUCAUUGCAAAGGAAAAACUGCUUCUAUUUGAACUCUUAAGUCCACAGCAGGUGAAUGCUUCCCCCCGCCCCCCCGUCUUACUCCUUUCUGUUACUCUCCACUUCGCUCUGCAUCCCAUCCCGCCACGACAAGAUGAAAUGUACCACUGACCAUUUGAGCCCUCCUCCAUUCUCUUUUAAUCCACUGCACUGUCACGGCACGGCAAUAAUGGCAACUCGGAGCUCUGAAGCAUUGUAUGUACAAAUGUGUGAGAAGGGUGGGUGGUAUUUUCUGUUGCUCGAGAGGAGGAGCGCUGUGGCUCCUCCAUGAGGGAGUGCAUCUUUGACAGUGAAAAAUGUAGAGUUUAAAUUGCCGCUAUAUAUCAUAUUUUUGGAAAAUGAAUUAUCCCCCCUUUGAUUGAUUCAUUUGUCAACUCAAUUUCCAGCUGUGGGUUUUAUGUUGAGAGUUAAUCCAUGUCAUCUGUAAACCCAGCCUUUCCUUUCUCCUCAUCUAAACGUGGUGGUGCUUUUGUUAAGUUAAGCUGUGUUAAAGAAACAAGAUGAAGGUGAGCGUGGCUGUUGUUGUCAGGCAGCUGAUGAUGACACUGACAGCCCUCGGCUCGGACUGUAAGUGGCAGGUGGGGCCACAGGGGUCAUGGCUAUAUAGUACAGAGUCACAUAUAAGGGCUAUUUUUUUCCAUAACGUCCUCUAUCACUUUGCUCUAAAUGUUUUUAUGUCCCUGCUCGUGUUCAUUUCAUCCCUGUGCUUUACUUUCAGACAAAUGAAUCAACCAUCGGGCAUGAAUGCAUGGCCUGACUCUUGGAGCUUGAAUAUCUGCUGGAUGGGAUAGAUUUUUGCUUGUUGUGUGUAAAAUAAAAAACUUGCCUUAACCAUGUCUGAAAGUUAAAAUAAAACAUGUUCUCACCUGCAUCUCACUUGUUUCUGUGGAGACUGAGGAGUGCCGUCACUUUAUCAGACCUCUGCUUUACAACUGUGACUGUAAGUGCUGCUAUCUCAUGCAGUGAUACUUCCUCUCAAAGCCAAAUAAAGACAUUUAUUAACC